GUGUGGAAGUCAUGAUGCUGCAGAAGCUUCUGAUGACCCCGCCCACCGAGGCCAGCACCUGGGUGAAGCUGCACCAUCCAAGCAAGGCCGAGGAGGGGGCGCCUCCCUGGGAGGAUGAGACUAAAAUUUGUGAAGAAGCUCUGCUACCUCAGGGUGCUGAUGAGACCCAGGGAGAACAUUCAAAGGAUGAAGGGACCUCUGGGGACUGGACAGCAGAAUCCCAGGAACUGUUAACCUUCAAGGACAUAUCUGUGGACUUCACCCAGCAGGAGAAGGGGCAGCUGGGCCCUGCUCACCGGAACCUGUACCGGGAGGUGAUGCUGGAGAACUAUGGGAACCUGGUCUCCGUGGCAGGACAGCUUUCCAAACCUAUUGUGAUUUCCCAAUUGGAGAAAGGAAAAGAACCAUGGAUUAUUGAGAGAGAGAUUUCAGGAGGUCCAAGUUCAGGUAAGAAGAGUAAAACAGAAACCAAAGAACUAACCUUAAAUAAUGAUGUUUUGUGGGAAGAAUUACACCAUUUCCUGAGGAUGUAAAGGUCCACAAGAGGAAGUACCCUGUAUUCCACAUUUAGAAGAGUUUCCAAGUGUAGUAAGUUAGAGAGCCACCAGAAAAACCAAGGAAUGGGCAAGGGGGAAAUCCCCUUGAUCCACAGGAAAACGCUCACUCAGGAGAUUGACCAAGAAUCUAACAGAGUUGAAAAAAGUAUUAAUGUGAGCUCAAAACAUAUUCCAGGAGGUUCUCCAAGAAAAAGAUACCAUAAAUAUGACAUAUCUUGGAAGAAAAGUAUAUACAAUUUAGACUUGAUUAAUCAUUCAAGGAGUUAUACAAGAAUAAAAACCUUUGAAUGUAAUAUUUAUGAAAAAAUCUUCAAACAGCUCAUUCACCUUACAGAACACAUGAGAUUUCAUACCAGAGAGAAACCUUUCAGAUGUAAAGACUGUGGGAAAGCCUUUAGCCAAAGUUCAUCCCUUAUUCCACAUCAGAGAAUCCAUACUGGUGAGAAACCAUAUGAAUGUAAGGAAUGUGGGAAAAUCUUCAGACAUCUGUCAUCUCUUACUCAACAUGUUCGAGUCCAUAGUAGGGAGAAGCCCUAUGAAUGUAGGGUGUGUGAGAAAGCAUUCAGCCAGAACAGUGGGCUGAUCCAGCAUCUGAGAACUCAUGUGAGAGAGAAACCUUUUACAUGUAAAGACUGUGGAAAGAAUUUCCAGAUGAGACACCUGAGGCAACAUGAGAUUAUUCACAGUGGUAAGAAACCCUAUAUUUGUAAUGUAUGUAGUAAAACUUUCAGCCAUAGUACAUACCUGAAAAACCAGAGAACUCAUACUGGGGAAAGACCAUAUAAAUGUAAGGAAUGUGGGAAAGCCUUUAGCCAAAGAAUACAUCUUUCCAUUCAUCAGAGAGUACACACUGGAGUGAAACCUUAUGAAUGCAAUCACUGUGGGAAAGCCUUUAGGCAUGGUUCAUCCUUUGCUAAACAUCGAAGAAUUCAUACUGGAGAAAAACCUUACAAUUGCAGUGAAUGAGGGAAAGCCUUCAGCUGUAGUUCAUCACUUAUUAGACAUUGUAAAACACAUUUAAGAAAUACCUUCAGCAAUGAUACAUGAAAUAAGUUCAACGUCAAAGAAUCC